AGCCGUAUUGUAUCACUGUCAAAUGUCAACUGUGCGUCUGGUGUGUUGUGUGUUUUGUGUCUCUUGUGUAUUUUAUAUUUGAAAAGAAAAUACUUUAAGAUCAUUAGGUUUCCUGAUAUACAAAUACAUGGAUCUUCUAACUUUAGAAAUGAUGUCACUAUAUUUUAACCUUUUAUGAACUAAAAUGCAUAAAUAACUGCACUGCGCUCGAAAGUUCACAAAUAAUACCGAACCGGUUUAGACAUCUUAUAAAUUUUUGUUUAGAGUAACAGGAAUUUUGUAGAAAACUUAUUUUUAUUCAAGAUGUGGUUAAUGGUGAAUAAUAUAAUACUGUGUUUAUUAAUAACUAAUUCCAUCAUCGCCGAAAACGUUGGUGAUGAAUGUACUCCAAGCUCAAGUACUGGUGAUGGUACAUGUACAUUGGUUUCUGAUUGUCCAGCAGCAAUAAGGGCGAUCAAAAAUAAAAGGUUUCAUGAGUUCCAAAGAUGUGGAUUCGAUGGUUUUCAAGAAAUUGUAUGCUGUCCUCUUACAACAGACAAAUUCGGUGCAACCGAGACUUCACCAAAAGUUGCACAAAGGAUUACUGACAGAGAAUGCAAAACGAUCCUCGCCGGCACGAUACCGCCGCUAGACUUACACAUACUCGGCGGUGAAGAGGCAUCGCUUGGGGAAUUUCCACAUAUGGUGGCGCUUGGCUUCGAUAAUGGUGGCGGUGAAUACAGAUUUGACUGCGGCGGCUCCUUGAUAUCUAACUACUAUGUGUUGACCGCGGCGCACUGCAUCGAUACGGCUGACAGGGAACCGCCAUCUGUAGUGCGAGCGGGAGUCGUUAAUAUUGGGGGUCCUGCGUGGGACGACGAGACAGACUAUCGUGUCGCCGAAACUAUAUUACACCCGAACUACACUCGUCGAGAGAAAUACCAUGACGUGGCGUUGUUGAGGUUAGACAGACCUGUCCAGUUUUCAAGCACUCUAAAUGCUGUGUGCCUCUUCAGUUCAAACGAAAACCCGACAUCUAAACUAACAAUAACCGGAUGGGGAAGAACAAGCAACACUCGAGACAUCAAGAGUAGUAAGUUGCUGAAAGCAGAUGUGGUUGUAGUUCCAAGUGACAAAUGCGGUGAAUCAUAUACCAAUUGGCGGAAAUUACCGCACGGAAUCUCACAGGAGAUGAUGUGCGCGGGAGAUCCGAAAGGCGUGCGUGACACGUGUCAGGGCGACUCUGGCGGGCCUCUUCAGCUAAUGGAGAAGGACGGUUUGUAUCGGCUGGUGGGCGUGACGUCAUUCGGGCGCGGCUGCGGUUCGUAUGUACCAGGAGUGUACACGCGUGUCAGCAAUUAUCUAGGCUGGAUAGAAAGUAUUGUUUGGCCUAAUUAAUGUAAUUGUGAUUUCAGUAGAGAAUUAUGGUACAAAAUACUUUACGCGUGCACUUUAUAAUAUACAGGUGAAUUUUUCAAGUGGGUGUGGAGGGACCAUUCCUACAGGGAAUGGUGAAAAACGGUUAAAAGAGUCUUAAGACUGAUUUAAAGAAAAAAAAAUAUCAUUAUGUAUAUGAAAAAUUUCUUGUCGCAGCCAGUAUUCAAUCCCGGCAACUUGGAUAAUAUUAAUGAUUAUUGCUUUUUCAUAUUCACCAUUUUGCAUUUGGCCAUCCACACUUUCUUGACAGAAUCACCAUAUUUACGUCAUUCUUCUUCUCAGUCGUACACUCCUGGCGGAGUGGUCGUGGUUAUGGAUUGUCUGAAAAAUUGAUUGCGACUUUUGCGAGUCUCCUCCAUCUCUCUCUGUUCAUGGCACUGCGUGUGCAUUCAGUAAGGGAACGAACACCUUGCAAACGAUUUAAUAACGUCUGUCCAUUUGGUGGGUAUUCGGCCGCGAGGAAGUUUACCUUUACUUACGUCAUAUGUAUUUUUAAUACAACAAUUGACCUUACAUUACCAACAGAUCCUACUUCAAUCUAUUCUAUCAACCAGAUUGUCAUAUACUUAAUAGAUUUUCUUUUAAAUUAUAUGUUACAAGUCUAGAAAUUGACAGCAAUGACCUAUUACACAAAUGAUUAACUUAACAGUAGGUCAAAAAUAAAAAACAUUAUUCUAAGAAAUGUGCCUCGUGUUGUGUCACUAUGUGUUUAUACUUAUUGACCAUAAUAUGUACCUAUUGUAAGUAGUGUAAUUAAAUUUAUAACACUAAAAAUGUAUAUUAAACAAGGUAAUGUGUCUUGCCUACUAUUUUGUCUGAUCUCUUGUUUCUUUAUAAUUAAUUAACUACUAUGAUUACUUUCGAAUAAUUUUAUUACUGUUUAUUCAUAAAUAUGUGAAUGUUUAGUUUACACUCUUGUAAAGAAUGAAUCCAUAAUAAUCAGCAUUUUUUAAAUUCUUUACCUAAGAGUAACCUAUUUUCAACAAUUGACUACCACUUUUUAUUGCCAAGAAUUUAAAAGCAAAAGAAACAUAAAUAGAUAAAUACUCACUUGUUUAGGUACUGACUAUUAAGUAAUAUUUACUGUAUGCUGAAAUGUGUCAAACUAAUAUUGUACUUUUUUAAAAAAAUAAAAUAUCCUUUUUCUAAAGCAUUUAGCUAUUUGCAGAUAUUAUUUGAGACUGACAAAAGAAACUAGAACGAAUCACCUACUACAAGACAUGUAGAGAAAUAAUGUAAAUAGUUUUAGUUGUAUUCAGUUCGAUUGCAUUUAAUGUAAUAGCAAUUACCGUAGUGUUCGCGACUGACAACACUUCCAAAAAGUGGUCCAUUUGUCGAUGGUCACUGAUCCUUUGGCUGAUUGAUGCAUAAACACUUGCAACUUUAUCGCAUUCACGAUUGUUUCAAAGACGAUUCGUGUAUUUGGAUUUCGAAACCGAAAUGCAGCUGUUUUCGAAAUGCAUGCAAUUUCACUGUUGCCAGAUGGUGAGGUUACUCCACAAAUUUAACGCCAUGGGGAAAUUUGGUGUUUGGUGGUAUUUUUAAAGCGAACAAAUUUACUCAUUUGUCAGCAAAUAUAAUCCGUUUUCUGAGACCUCUUAACUGAAUUUUGGGAGAUUUCGUUGAAGUCAUCUGGCAACCAUGUCCGAUUUCAUUCCAUUUUAUGCCAAUUAGAUUAAUCUGGAAGGCUGGUUAAUCCGCUCCAAUAGUGUCCACCAGAGAGCAUAUCUUCCUUAUGAUAUUUAACUUUUAUUUUAUAUGAAAUUUAUUAUUAAUUGAAUUAAUUGUAGAUAAGGGUAAGAGAAGGCAUGGUGACACAAGUGGUUUUUCACUUAACAACUAGAAUAUAUUGUAUAAAUCAUUUUUUUUUUAAAUUGCGUUCAAAUAAGUUACUUUUCUUUGACUGUGCCAAGUUUUACACUGUUUGCCUUCUUACCCUGUCUAGGCAUUUUUAGGGCUAGUCAUGAAGUAACAAUGCUCUCUAUAAUUUUGUAAUUUGUUCAAUAAAAUGAUUGUACCAAA